CUUAUGGAGUUUUGAAAAAUUUAGUGCAACCAGCCCCGCCGAAAGAAAAAGAGUACAAAGAUUUAGUGCAAGUGUUGCGGGGGUAUUACAUGCCCAAACCGUUAGUUAUUUCUGAAAGAUUUAAAUUCAAUAAGAGAAACCAGAAGGAGGGUGAAAGUGUUUACUCGUAUGUAAUUGAGUUAAAGAGGCUAUCUACACAUUGUGAGUUUUGAGAAUUUCUGCCUGAAGCACUUAGAGAUAGACUGGUUUGUGGGUUACGGUCAGAAGCAAUACAGAAAAAGUUGUUAUCAGAGACGGAACUGGAUUUCGAUAAAGCGGUCAAGAUUGCGUAUGCCAUGGAAACGGCUGAAAAAGACACAUUGGCAUUUUUGACUCCUGAUCCAGGAAUACACAGUGUGGAAACAAAAUAUUCAGGGAGGAAAUCUGAGAACCGAAAGAAAUUUCAAAGACAAUAUUCGGAGGAAUGUUACCGAUGUGGGAAUAACCAUAACCCGAAGGAGUGUAAAUUCAAAGACAGCAAGUGUUUCAAGUGUCAGAAAAUUGGCCAUGUAGCAAAGAAGUGUCACAUGAAAAAAAAAUCAGAAAAAUCAACACUGUUUGUGGCUAAGCCAGAUGAUGAGACAUCAGAUUCAUCAGACAGCAUUUGUUCUAUUUUCUGUACCAAUGAAAAAGACCAUAGCAGAAGGAAGUUGACGGUGAACAUAACAGUGGGAGAUGAAGAGGUAGAAUUUUUAAUUGACACCGGGAGUGUUCGUACCAUUGUAGGUGAGGCAGUUUACCAGAGACAUUUAGAGCAUUUCAAGCUCACAAAAACAGAUACUGUACUUCGUUCAUAUACUGGAGAUGAAAUCGGGCUGCUGGGAGUGUGUCAUGUUCCUGUAAAGUACCAGGAUCAAGAGUUCGUUGAGCUACCAUUGCUAGUUGCCCAAGGACAGCGACCAAGUUUAUUGGGGAGGGACUGGCUGUCAAAAAUAAAACUCAACUGGCAAGAAGUCUUUGCAGUCAGUAUGAAUGAAAUGGAGACCCUAAGGAGAGAGUAUAGUGACCUAUUCUUACCAAGCACAGAACCAAUAAAGGAUUUUAAAGCACAGAUAAGGUUGAAGGAGGACGGACAUCCAAUAUUUUGCAAAGCACGCACAGUACCCUAUGCUAUUAAAGAACAAGUGGAAAUGGAACUGAGAAAACUAGUUGAGCGAGGUGUUCUUCAGAAAGUAAAAAAUAGCUCCUGGGCUGCACCUGUAGUAGUGGUUCCAAAGGCAGACCAGUCAGUAAGGAUUUGUGGAGACUAUAAGAUGACAGUUAAUCGGGUUAUCAGUGAGGAGCAGUACCCACUGCCCAACACAGAUGACAUGUUUGCUAGCUUAGCAGGUGGAAAAAAAAUUACAAAAUUGGAUCUAAGUCAAGCCUAUUCUCAGCUAGAAUUUGACAGAGAAUCUCAAGAAUGUCUAACCAUUAAUACUCACCUUGGACUCUUUCGAUAUGCACGCCUACCUUAUGGAGUUAGUUCUGCAAGCGCAAUAUUUCAGUCAGUUAUGGACCAAGUCCUAUUGGGAUUAGAUCAUGUGGUAUGUCGGAUUGAUGACAUUCUUAUUACAGCGGCGGAUGAUACUACUCACCUGAAUACGCUUCGAGAAGUAUUUCGACGUUUGCGAAAGCAUAACAUUAAGUUGAAAGCAGAAAAGUGCGAGUUUUUUGCAGACCAAGUGGUUUAUAUGGGGUUCCUGCUAGAUCACAAUGGAGUACACCCAACAGAAGAAAAGGUUAAGGCCAUAAAUGAUGCACCUAGACCUACUGGAGUAAAGGAGUUAAAAGCUUUUCUUGGGUUGUUGAAUUACUAUGGUGCUUUUCUGCCCAACUUAAGUACCGAGUUAGAGGAGAGUUUUAAUGUCUGUAAAAAGAUGAUCACUGAGAGUAAACUUUUAGUGUUUUACGACUCCAAGAAACCUCUCCGAUUAUCGUGCGACUCAUCUUCCUAUGGAGUUGGAGCAGUAAUAUCGCAUGUAAUGAAAGAUGGCUCAGAGAGACCAAUAGCUUUUGCCUCCAGAACACUGAGUGAAACCGAGAGACGGUAUGCUCAAAUAGAAAAAGAGGCACUGUCAUUAGUUUUUGGAGUAAAGAAAUUCCAUAAGUACUUGUUUGGACGCAAAUUCACAUUGGUAACAGAUCACAAACCGUUGUUGUCAAUUCUGGGUCCAAAAAAGGGUGUUCCCCCAUUAGCUGCAGCCAGAAUGCAACGUUGGGCACUGAUACUGGCUGCGUAUCAGUAUGACAUUCAGUACAAAUCAUCUGAACAGCAUAGUAAUUGUGAUUCCUUAUCGAGACUACCAUUACAUGAGACAAAACAGGAGGAUACAGAAGAAGGAGUAUUUUCAUUGGAUAUGUACUUACCCAUCUCCAGUCAGGAGAUAGCUAUGGCUACCCGAAGAGACCCGAUUCUGUCUAGGGUGUAUGAUUUCACUCUGAACGGCUGGCCAGCUCAUGUAGAGGAUUCUGAUUUGCAGCCUUUCUUUGAUAGAAGGAAUGAACUUACACUGGAAAAGGGAUUGCUCUUGUGGGGGAUGCGAGUGGUCAUUCCGGACAAGUUUAGAGGUCGCUUGUUGCUAGAGCUGCAUGAUGAACAUUUAGGAAUGUCUCGAACAAAAGCCUUAGCCAGGGGUUAUUCAAAAUGGCUGGAAGUCAUACCAGUGAAGUCCACCACAAGCAGCAAUACCAUAGAGAAGUUAAGAACAUGGUUUGCCUCAGUUGGAAUACCUGAAGAAAUAGUGAGUGACAAUGGGCCCCAGUUUACAUCUUCUGAACUUCAAGAUUUCAUGAAGCACAGUGGAGUUAAACAUACACUUGUACCGCCCUAUCAUCCUCAGUCAAAUGGGUUGGCUGAAAGAGGAGUACAGAUUCUAAAAAAAGCAUUAAAGAGGCAAGAUUUUGAUGGUCAUAGAUGGUCUCUUCAGCAGCGCCUUGCCAACUUUUUGUUAAGGUAUCGCAUAACACCACAUAGCACUACUGGUACAUCACCUGCAGAACUAUUUCUGAAGCGCCAGUUAAGAACCCGGUUGAGUUGCAUUAAACCUAAUCUUCGGGAGUCUGUGGAGGAGAAACAGCAAAAGAUGAAAGAACAACAUGAUGGCGGACAGUGCAAAGUCAGGGAAUUUCAGGGAGGUGAACAAGUUCAAGUGAAAACAACUAUUCCAGGACAAAAAUGGAAAGGGAUAUCUGGUGUGAUUCAUAGAAAGUUGGGACCAUUAACUUAUCUUGUGCGAGUUGGAAAAGGCAUUCGCUAUUGCCACGUAGAUCAUUUAUUAGCAUCGUCUGCUACGAUGCUGGAGCCGGAACUUACACCGCUGCCGUUUGAUGUAGAGUUACCCUCUUUAAAGGAGCCAGGAAUGGAUCGGGCCUUAGUGUCUCCAGAUGAAACAGGAAAGGGAACUCCUGAGAUGGUGGAAACUCAAGAAAAACUUGCGGACUCUGUAAACAAGGAUACCAAGGUGCCUGAUCAGACUGAUGCAGUGCCGGAACGUCGUUAUCCGCUCAGGAUGAGGAAACCCACUAAAAAAUUGGACUUAUAG